AGGAAGCUGCCGCUGUUCGCGCUCGCUGAUCGUCCAUUUCCUGUGGGUAUCUCAAGACGAGAGCAUGUAUUCGUUUCCAAGCAUUUUGGUAGUAUAUAUAUGGAAAUAAAUGAGCGAAUUAAUUAAAAAUGGCACGUCGAACGUGGAGCACGUGGCCAAGCGUCUCACACCGGAAGAAAUCGAUACGUUGAAAGCGCAAAAUUCCCGAUUGGUGUCCGAAUUUCGUGCGAAUCAACUCGAGAGGGAUGCGAAGAAGCAUUGGGAUUUAUUUUACAAGCGUAACGAAACUAGAUUCUUUAAAGAUAGACAUUGGACCACGCGAGAGUUUGAUGAAUUGCUGGAUUUGGGUGACAAAGAGACUCAAAAUGUCCUUCUCGAAGUGGGCUGCGGAGUCGGAAAUUUUGUUUAUCCCUUAAUAGAAGAUAGAUUGAAAUUUCGAAAAAUAUUCGCAUGUGAUUUAUCCACAAGAGCAAUCGAAUUAUUUAAGAGUCACACAUUGUUUGAUCCAGCUAUAAUGAUGGCUUUUCAAACAGAUCUUACAUUAGAAAAUUGUUUUUCUGAAAUUGAUUGUCCGGUUGAUGUUACAACUCUCAUCUUUGUAUUAUCAGCUAUUCAUCCUGAUAAAUUUCACAAAGUUGCUCAAAAUAUAUACAAUGUUCUUGAUAUUGGAGGAAUAUUACUUUUUCGAGAUUACGGGUUGUAUGAUAUGGCACAGUUACGUUUUAAACCUGGACAUAAGAUCAGUGAGAAUCUCUAUAUGCGGCUAGAUGGAACGAGGAGUUAUUAUUUUUCUGCAGAACAAGUAGCAGAUUUAUUUGUAUCUGUUGGUUUUCAAACAUUAAGUUGUGGCUAUAUACAGAGACGUACAGUGAAUCUAAAGGAAAACAUUAAUGUUCCGAGAACUUUUGUACAGGCAAAAUUCAAGAAAUCUUGAAUAUAGGACAGAAAUGAUAGUACCAUGGUUUAUUACAAUAUAUUUAUGACAAGCUAUAUAAAUAUAUUGAGAUGGAGAUGAUUUUAUCCAGAAUGAUCAAAAGCCUACAUGAGUCUUGAGAAUUUUAUUAAAUUGUUUAUUAAUAUAAUUUGACAAAAAUUCUGAAUUGGUCAAAUAUGUGAAUGAUGGUUUACAAUAGAAAAGUUGAUAUGACAUAGUCAACAUCUAAUAUAAAGAGACAUCUCAAACAUCAAGUUAAAUCCACGUCGAAUAUUGUAAAUUUACAAUAUUUAAUAUACAGAGAUAUCUCAAACAUCAAGUUAAAGCCACAUCGAAUACUGUAAAUUACAUUAUUUAAUAUACAGAUAUUUCAAACACUAAAUUGAAGCCAUACCAAAUAUUGAAAAACAGUGAUUCCGUUAACAGUACAAUAUUCAUACGAGUAAAAUAAUAUGGAUUAUGUUGGAAUAUAAUUAUAACUAGAAAUUAUAUAUCUAUAUACACACAUUUUAAUAUACAUGAUUUGCUCGAGUACAAUAUAGCAUGGAUGUGGAUGUAUCAAAGUCUUUUAUUGAUUAAAAUACUGAACCGCAAAAUAGGACAUGCUAAUGAAUCUCUGGUUCCAGCUGUUAAGGAAAGAAAAAAGAUGAUAGUGAUUGAAAGAAUAUUGUGUAAUGUCUAAAGCAUUAAAGGAAAAACAUAAGAUUGCAAAUAUUUUGUACAUUAAGCUAACGUCAAUGAUGAGUAUCAAGC